UAGUUAAAUAUCUCUUUUCUAUACGAUUUGACGCUUGUUUCGUUUGGUCAAACAUGGACCAAAAUUAAUCACUGUCUCCAAAACCACGCCGUGCAUAAGGACGGACCUCAUUUUUGGUGUCCCAAAUAUCCAAAUCCCAAGAACAGCAACAAAGAGAGCCAGCCUUUCUCUCUCCCCUCCUAAUUGCAGUUGGGAUUUCGGUCUGGGUAUUCGGGAAGGAGAUGAAAUCGCCACUGCGGAAGUUCCGGGCCUUCGGCCUCCACCACCGCAGGGAGAGGAAGGACCACCGCCCGCCGCCCGCCAAGCUCGACGAGCUCGUCUACGCCGCCCAGGAAAAGGAAGAAAUGAGGAACUGUUACGAUAGCUUGCUUUCAGCUGCAGCUGCAACAACAAAUAGUGUAUAUGAGUUUGCAGAAGCUAUGGAGGAAAUGGGAACUUGCUUACUUGAAAAAACUGCAUUGGAUAACGAUGAUGAAGAAAGUGGUAGAGUGCUGAUGAUGCUAGGGAAAGCCCAGUUUGAACUGCAGAAGUUUGUGGAUAGCUAUCGUACAAAUAUAAUAAAUACAAUCACAAAUCCAUCGGAGUCAUUUCUGAAGGAGCUACAAGUUGUAGAGGAAAUGAAAGAUCAAUGCGAUCAGAAAAGAGAGGACUAUGAAGCCAUUCAGGCAACCUAUAGAGAGAAAGGACGAUCAAGGCACUCCAAAAUCGAAUCAUUCUCCUCAGAACAACUGCAAACUUCUUUUCAUGAGUACCAAGAGGACGCAGCAUUGUUCAUAUUUCGCUUGAAAUCGCUGAAGCAAGGUCAAUUUCUAAGUAUUUUGACCCAGGCUGCUCGUCAUCAUGCUGCUCAGUUGAGUUUUUUCAGGAGAGGACUGAAGUAUCUAGAGGCCCUAGAGCCUUAUGUAAAAGCAGUUGCUGAGAAGCAGCACAUUGACUAUCACUUCAGUGGACUGGAUGAUGACAGUGAUAUUGAUGAUUACAGCUCUUACCAGGAUAAUCAUAGUGAUGACAGUGAGUUAAGUUUUGACUACAAGAUAAAUGACAGGGACAAAGACCUUCCUGCUUCCAGAAGUUCAAUGGACUUGGACCAAGCUCCUCCGACAAGUUCCUCAAAACCUUUGAAGGAACAUGAGCAGGAAAAUGCCGAACAAAUAAAUGCUACUUUAGCGGUUCCUCAUGUGAAGCCUGAGAUUGUUACCCAAUCAGCACCAAUUUUUGCUGAGAAUGUGCUUGAUCCAUCUAUGAGGUUUCGGAAAAUGAAUCCACCAAACAGAACUGUUCAUUCCUACAAACUUCCGACACCAGUCGAUGAUAAGAACUCUGCUUCAGUAGUCACCAAAACGUCACCUCAUUCAGAUCAACCUGAAAGUAAAUCUCAUGUGGCAGUAAAUUUGUGGCAUUCCUCUCCACUGGUGAAAGAUUUUAAGCCAAGCUCCAUGUAUAGUGGACCUGUUAAGAUGCCGUCAAGUAAUGAGGGGAUAUCAGCGCCACUAGUUUAUUCAUACUCCACUUCAGAUUUUAAGAAAAUGAAGAGGGAGUCUUUUUCUGGCCCAAUUUCGAGCAAAGCAGGAUUGAGCAAGCCCUUGUUUUCUGCAACUAAUCAAAGAGCAUCAAUGAACUAUGCUCACCGUGUGAUAUCAACAAAACCACAUAGCUCAGGCUGGCAGUCAUCUUUGCCUCCAAAAGUUACCCCUAGGGUCACUUCACUUCCAACAUCUCCCAGAAUAAGUGAGCUUCAUGCGCUGCCUAGGCCUCCAGCAAAUGUAGGCACCAUCCAUCCUGGUUUGGUUGGAUAUUCUGGGCCUCUGGUAUCAAGGCGGCAGAUGCCUAAUGUACCAACCCGUGUCUCACCACCAUCACAUACAGCAUCACCACUUCCACGGCCACCAGCUGCCAUGACUCGCAGUUAUUCGAUACCUUCAAAUAGUCAACGAACUCCUAUUAUUACUGUGAACAAGCUGUUGGAGUCUAUGCAUAGCAGGGAGAGCAGCGAAGUUUCCUCACCCCCACUAACACCUAUAUCACUGGCAGAUGUUUCCCGCAAAUCAACAGCAGAAACAACUGUAGACAACAAAAUGAUAAAGGAAGCCUUGUGAGUGUUUGCAUGACCGAACCUGUCAAUGAUCUUAGGAAAUUUUGUGAUUUUACCGAGUUUAGCCCAUGAAGGCCAGUUACAGAGUUUGGGUAAGAUCGGUUAUUGCCCUUGAUGCAAACAUUGGAGCAAGAAAUGUUCACUUGAUAAGUGGUGUUUGAUCUAAAGAAUGGUUGGUUUGAUCUUUCAAUCUCAUGCCCAUAUGAUACGAUCCUGGUUGAGGAUGCUUGCAGUGACUACUGUUGUCGUCAGGAAGGCACACUUGUGUACCGGCAAGGCAGACGCCAAUUGACCAAUUCGGCUCCUAGCAGCAAGCCUGGAGAUUCUGCUUGAGUCAAGCAGGUAUUGGCCUGAACAUGCGGGGAAAUUUGAAUCCCAAGGCCAAGGUCAUUUUGACCCAUGAAAGAAGCAUCAGUGAGACUGACGGGAUUAGUGUGGAUUUCAGUUAUUUCCUCCAGCUGAAAGGCUUCAUAGUUCAUACUGAGCUUAGCUCUUCUAAGCCACUUUGGAUUGGUGAAAAACCAAAUGGUGUGGCCAACCUUUCCUGUUGAAAGGAUAAUUUGCUGCCAAAAUGGGGACCAUGGCUGAUAUCCAAAUGGAGAUGUCGCCUGCAUAAUGUUGCUAUUGAAACUAAUUGAUCAUGUAUGCCAUACAUAAAAUUGCCUA